AUGUGGACGAAUAAUUUACAGCCAGCCGCGCUGGUUCAAGUCUUCGAAAAUGUCAUUUGUGAUGACUACUACAAGACAAACUCGCUACCUCCGGCCUCUAAUGGUACAUUACCCAAUCCUUGCAAGGCGCAGCCUAUACAGAAGGAACUUGCCCUCGUUCGCGGCUUUCAGCAGCUGGUUCCCAUCUUCCCGUCGCUGCUGUGCACCGUACCUUAUGGACUGCUUGCCGAGCGUAUUGGUCGUAAGCGCGUGCUCAUCAUGAGCGGUGCUGGUGUUUUUUCCGCGCUUUCUUGGGUACUAGCUGUGUGUUAUUGGCGGUUUGCUUCUAUCCGCUGGGCUCUACUGUCGGGUGCCUUUCUAUUUCUCGGCGGUGGAGAUGCCGUUAUUUCCACCAUUUUGCAUGUCAUGGUUACUGAUACUGCCGAUGAUGAUGAACGCGCUCAGAUUUUCUUGUAUCUUCACGCUGCCGACGUGAUUUCGGGCUUUUUCGGGCCCGCCAUCAGUGGUCCGUUGAUGGAAAAAGGACAUACCUGGGCUGUUUUGCUACUCGCCGCGGGCACGCUUUUUUCUGGCGCGUUCUUACUUACGAUAUUUAUUCCGGAGACACUGAACUUAAGGAAGAGGUCUACUGAGCACUCUGCGCUACUAUCUGACUCUACACUACCGCAAAUCGCGGACUCGCUGCGUUCUGAAUCACCGACACCUACGAAAGUAUCCAAUUCCAUCGUUGGAGAAGCAUCUAACAUACUAAGUCCUUUACUUAGUGUGCUAGCAUCGAACCGACAAGCUCUGCUACUCCUUCUGAUCUUCUCCCCUCAGACUGGAGCUCGAGAGCUUUUUACUCUCAUAGGCUUGCAGUACACUAACGCUAAAUUCUCCCUCUCAUACGCUCGUGGCAACGUACUCCUAUCACUCUUUCAAGGUGCACAAGGCCUAUUCGUUCUCACUAUCCUCCCAUUGAUCACGCGUCUAAUCGCUGAUAAACGGGGCUGGUCUGCUUGGGCGCGCGAUCGCCUAUAUGCCAUCGUGUCUAUUGCCGCAACGGCAUUGGGCUUGAUGGUUAUAGGUGUUGCACCGGCUUUGGUUAUCGAGGCCCUCGGCCUUCUGUUUGUGGCAGUUGGCAGCUGUUCUACGGGGCUACUGAUGAGUUUGCUAGGUGGAGCGGUGCGGCCCAGCCAGGUGAGCGCAGUCUACAGUGCAGCGCAUAUGCUGAGUAUCGUAGUCCGGAGCGUGAUAGGACCAGUAUUGAGUGCGUUGUUGGUGACAGGUCUAGAACUAGGAUGGGGCUGGAUGGGUCUGCCGUUUGUGACGAUGGCGCUAUUAAUGGCGGGUGCGGCAAUAGCCAGUAGCUUCAUUCGGGCUGAGAGAGUCACUGAUUUCGACGAAGAGUAA